GUGGUCCACCAGGAUGAAGCAGAAGAUCCAGCCUGCAAUCCAAUCUUCUGGGUCAGCAAAUGGGUGGAUUACUCUGACAAAUAUGGACUAGGUUACCAGCUGUGUGAUAACAGUGUAGGUGUUCUCUUCAAUGACUCCACUCGGCUGAUAAUGUACAAUGAUGGAGACAGUCUACAGUACAUUGAGAGGAAUAAUACGGAGUCUUACCUCACUGUGCGCUCUUACCCAUCGGCACUGACAAAGAAGAUCACACUACUGAAAUACUUCAGGAACUACAUGAGCGAGCACCUUCUGAAGGCCGGCGCCAACAUCACUCCUCGGGAGGGUGACGAGCUGGCUCGCCUCCCCUUCCUGCGGACCUGGUUCAGGACACGAAGUGCAAUCAUCAUCCUACAUCUGAGCAAUGGUACUGUUCAGAUUAACUUCUUCCAGGAUCACACAAAGAUCAUCCUGUGUCCUCUUAUGGCUGCUGUCUCCUAUAUUGAUGAAAAACGGGAGUUCCACACAUACAAGUUGAGC